GGGAGGUGGGAGGGGGAAGAAAGAGGGGGACCCCGGGCCUGGCAGGGGAGUCGCAGUCCGCAGCGGGGGUAAUAAAACCAGUCCUCAUCCCCCUGGGACAGCAGAAGCUGCGGCCUUUCGGCGGGCGAGACCAUGGCGAGUAAAGAGGAGGGGGAGCUCAAGGUUCCUGAGGAGAUGUUCAAGGAUGUCAAGUUCUACGCGGUGGGGGACAUAGACCCCCAGGUUAUUCAACUUCUGAAAGAUGGCAAGGCAAAGGAGGUUUCCUAUAACGCUCUGGCGUCACAUAUAAUUUCAGAAGAUGGAGACAAUCCAGAGGUUGGGGAGUCACGUGAAGUAUUUGAUCUUCCUGUAGUAAAACCUUCCUGGGUGAUUUUAUCUGUUCGAUGUGGAGCUCUUCUGCCAGUGAAUGGUUUCUCCCCAGAAUCCUGCCAGAUCUUUUUUGGAGUUGUUGCUUGUCCAUCUCAGGUUUCUUCUGAAGAUCGAAGUAUGCUCUGGGCUUUGAUUACUUUUUAUGGUGGGGAAUGCCAGCUGAGCCUCAAUAAAAAAUGCACUCAUUUGAUUGUACCUGAACCAAAAGGGGAAAAAUAUGAAUGUGCCUGUAAAAGGGAGAAUAUUAAAAUCGUGACACCGGACUGGGUUUUAGAUUGUAUCACCGAUAAAACCAAAAAAGACGAAGCACCCUACCAUCCUCGGUUAAUUAUAUAUGAGGAGGAGGAGGAGGAAGAGGAGGAAGAAGAGGAAAAUGAAGAACGGGAUUCUCAAAAUGAAGCUAGUACAGAUGAAAAAUUAUCCAGUCCAGCAUCUUCUCGAGAAGGGUCACCUUUGGGUGAUCCCCCUUUUUCCCCUAAGUCGAUUGAUGGCGACAAAGUGAAAGGAGAACUGAUGUUUGAUGAUUCUUCAGACUCCUCUCCUGAAAAGCAUGAGAGAAAUUUGAACUGGACACCUGCUGAGGUUCCGCAGGUUGCUACUCCAAAGCACAGAUUACCUCCGGGCAAGGAUUCCGGAUUGAUUAACUUGUGUGCCAAUGUUCCACCUGUACCGAGCAAUAUUUUGUCCUCGGAGAUUAGAAGUAACAUCAUAACGUCAGUGCAAAGCCCUCAAAGUUCCGGACGUCCUGAAAAGAUGGCUACAUGGAGUACAGCAGUUCGGACAUUAAGGAAUAUUACUAAUAAUGCUGAUAUUCAGCAAGUUAAUAGGCCAUCAAAUGUAGCACAUAUCUUACAAUCACUUUCAGCACCUACAAAAACUUUAGAGCAGCAGGUAAACCACAACCAGCAGGGACAUUCCAAUGCAGUGUUGCUUAGUCAAGUUAAAAUGACUCCUGAAACGCAUUUGCUGCAGCAGCAUCAGCCACCACAGCAACAGCAGCACCAUCCUCUCUUGCACCUCCAACCCCAGCCAAUCAUGCAGUUGCAGCAGCAGCAGCCUCCGCCACCGCCGCAGCAGCAGCAGCCUCCCGUUGCUCAGCAGCCUUUUCCUCAACAGCCUCAUCAGUUUGCGCAGCAACAGCAGUCGCAAGUUCAUCCGCACCAGUUUUCUCAGCAGCAGCUGCCGUUUCCUCCCACGCAGCUGCACUCCCAACAGCAGAUCCACCGCCCUCAGCAGCAGUUGCAUUUUCAGCAGCCACACUCCUUGCAGCAGCAGUUGCAUCAGCUACAGCAACAACAGCUUCAGCAACAUCAAUUGCAGCUACAGCAGCAGCAGCAAAACCUUCAGCAACAGUUACAGCAUCAGCAACAGCAGCAAAUUCAACAUCAGCAGCAACUACAGCAGCAGCAGCAUUUGCAGCGAAUGCAACAGCAGCAGCAGCAGCAACAACAACAACAACAAAUUCAAAAUCCACCAUCACAGCACUUGACUCAAAGCUCUCAGCCAGUACAGCAUCAGGUUCCAGUUCAGCCACCACAACAUCCCCCGCCACAGCAGCUGCAACAGUAUCAACUGUUUGGGCAUGAUCCUUCUGCAGAAAUUCCAGAAGAAUAUUUCUUAUUGGGUUGCAUUUUCGCAAUUGCUGAUUACCCUGAGCAGAUGUCUGAUAAACAGCUACUGGCAACAUGGAAAAGGAUAAUCCAAACACAUGGUGGAACAGUAGAUCCCACGCUCACAAGCCGAUGUACACAUCUUCUCUGUGAAAGUCAGCUUAGUAACAUGUAUGCUCAGGCUUUGAGAGAGAGAAAGAGAUGUGUUACUGCACAUUGGCUGAACUCUGUGUUAAAGAAAAAGAAAAUGGUACCGCCCCAUCGAGCUCUUCAUUUUCCAGUAGCAUUUCCACCAGGAGGGAAACCAUGUUCUCAGCAUAUAAUCUCAGUGACGGGUUUUGUUGAUAGUGACAGGGAUGAUCUCAAGCUGAUGGCCUACCUAGCAGGAGCAAAAUACACAGGCUAUCUUUGUCGCAGUAACACCGUUCUCAUCUGCAAGGAGCCAACAGGCUUAAAGUAUGAGAAAGCCAAAGAGUGGCGAAUACCAUGUGUGAAUGCACAAUGGCUUUGUGAUAUAUUACUUGGAAAUUUUGAGGCAUUACGACAAAUGCAGCAUAAUCGAUAUACAACGUUCAGCCUUCAAGAACCACUCGCUCCUAAUCAGCACCUUGUUCUAAAUCUUCUUGAUGCUUGGAGAGUGCCAUUGAAGGUAUCAUCAGAAGUUCUCAUGGGUGUGAGGUUACCACUGAAACCAAAGCAGAAUGAAUCAGUAAUUCAGCCUUCAACCAAGCGACCAAGAAUUGAAGACUUGCCAGCACCUACUAAAAAACUGACACCAGAAUUGACACCAGUGGUGCUCUUUACAGGAUUUGAACCUACACAGGUUCAUCAGUACAUCAAGAAACUCUACAUUCUUGGUGGUGAAGUAGCAGAAUCUGCCCAGAAGUGCACACAUUUAAUAGCCAGUAAAGUGACUCGAACUGUGAAAUUUCUAACAGCGAUUUCUGUUGUAAAGCAUAUAGUAACUCCAGAAUGGUUAGAAGAAUGUUUCAAGGGCCAGAAGUUUAUAGAAGAACAAAACUACAUGCUGAGAGAUGCAGAAGCUGAAGUCCUCUUUUGUUUCAGUUUGGAGGAGUCUCUGAAGAGAGCUCAAGUGGCACCUCUCUUUAAGGGAAAGUACUUUUAUAUUACCCCUGGAAUUUGCCCUAGUCUUUCCACCAUGAAAGCAAUCGUGGAAUGUGCAGGGGGAAAGGUAUUGGCCAAGCAGCCUUCUUUCCGGAAACUCAUGGAGCACAAACAGAACAAAAGCUUGUCGGAGAUUAUUCUGAUCUCUUGUGAAAAUGAUCUUCAUUUAUGUCGAGAAUACUUUGCCAGAGGCAUAGAUGUCCACAAUGCAGAGUUUAUUCUGACUGGUGUUCUUACUCAGACGCUGGAUUAUGAAUCAUAUAAGUUCACCUGACUGGAAGUGAAAUGCCUUCUAGCAUCAACCUUCUUGAAGUCAUUGUUCGAGGUUUUCCAGACUGUGGGUCAAUUAAGCAGUUCUUUCUGAAGUUUUGUUUUGUUUUCCGCUUGCGUUGCUGAUGUGUGAUGAGCAGCUCAAGGCAGGAAAGCAAAUGUUAACUGCAUCUGUUUAGGAUGUGCAAUGUUUUAUUAACAAAACAUAAUUAACUAUGUUUUUGUAAUGUAAGGCAAGCUAGAGAGAAAGAGGUUACUUUUUAUAUUGCAAAAUAGUUUUUCUGACUCUGGAGAGAAUUUUUAUUGAGUGGUGGUACAUGGUCAAAAUCAGAGUUGAAACAUACAGAGAAAAGGGCUUGUGGUGUUUUUAAAUUAUGAAAGUAAAUAUUUUGUACUUUAUUUUAUUAUGCUGCAUUUCUUUUAUAUUGAUAUUAUCCCACUUUUUAAUAUGAACUCCUAAUGACUUUCUUUAAAAUUUAGUAGGGUUUUUUUUUAAUACGGUGCAAUUGUGGCACUCUCUGGUAAGGGUAAAUUACUCUGAUCAUUCUUCCAAAUGUUGUAAAAUAUUCUUCUGUUUUCCUGUUUUAAUAUUUUUUAAAAAUUACACAGAAUUUAUUGGUAAUAUUUGUGUGUUUCUACUGAAGUUAGCUUGAAUUCACUACUUCAUUAAGUUUUCUUGUAAUUCCACUGAAAUAAAUAAGCAAAAAGGAAUUCAGAUGUGUUCAUUUCUUUUAAAGUGAAUGUUGUUGUAUAUAAUCUAUUUAAUUGUGACUCAAAUAGAAAUGAUUGUGUAUUCCUACAUGGUAUGGGGUUGGACUUGAUGGCUCUUGAGAUCUCUUCCAACUCUUAUGAUUAAAAACCAAUUCCAAAGUGAACUAUACUGUUUCAACAAGGCUGGGCAUCAUGAAUCCCAAGCAGCUGCUUUGCCAGUGACAAAUUAUGCAUAUUUACCAGGGAGUGAAUCCUAUUGAAGUCCUAUUGUGGGGAUUUUCUUCAGAGCAGACUUGUUUAGGAUUGCUCCCAUAACUAUGUUUUAACUUGGUGUUCAUAUUUGUGCAGCUGGCUUUAGACAAAUUUCAUCAGAUUCACUUCACCGGUUAUUUUUUUAGUCAGAGCACAUCUCACUUUGACAUCUUUGUGCAGAUUUUGAUAAUUUAGUGUUGGCCCUAGCUUGGGAAUCUUGGUGUUUUUUUUAAAAAAAAAUAGGCUAAAGCUCUUCUCAUUUGUCUCUAUCAGCAUGCCAAGGUGUGCGUGCCGGAGUUUUACUUCCUGCAAAUGAAGAGCCAAAUAUGGCCAAUGAUACGUAUGAAGAAGCUUCCGGCGUUGAGCUGUAUGGUGUCAUGUUUAAACCUGACUGGAAUGAUCUAGAAUGCUAUGUACUGAUCGGUUGUGAUGCACUUUUGAAGAUAUUGAACUCCCUGUUGCAGAUGGAGCUGAGUCUUCUGUGUGUUGGAAGACUCGUAUAUUCAGCAUAGCAUAUGUUUUAAAGAAGUACAUUUGCUGCUGAGACAUUAAUCUCUGUAAUUACUGAAGAUGUUUCUGUGUUUGCACUAGAAAAUUGCAUAACUGUCAUAGAAGAACAGCCGGUACGCCAUUGUGUAGAUUUAUGUUAAUUCCAAUGGAAAGAUGUGCACAUACCUGUGCUCUUUAAACCCAUGGUAUUUCUCCUGUGGUUCUCAAUGAUAAAUAGCCACUAUCUCCUCAGCUGAACUGUUAUCUCACUUCUUGCUUGUAGGACCUCACUUUCCACUUCUUGUUGUGUACUUGUUGCAUUUAGUGUGUGUUUGUUCAUUUUUAUAAAGAAUUUUGAGCACAA